CUUGAAGGCAGCGUCAGCAAAGACGUGGCCAUCUCGCAUCUGCUGCGUUCAAGUGGCGCAGUGUCCCGUCUGGAGGCAGGCAGACAGGCAGGCAGGGAGAGGGCGAAGGCGAAGGCGAAGUUUCAACUAUCUGCAUUGCAGCCCGAGCGCUGCUGCUGUUGCUGGUGCUGCCGCCGCCGGAACCCAACACAACAAUGGCGACUCCCAGUCCUGACAGCAACUCCUCUAGCUCCAGCAACAGCUUCAGCAUUGUAGGAUCCGCGUCGCACCAAUUUCACCAGCAGACACAGAGUAGCAGCAUGCAAGAAACCAACAGCUGCUGGAGAUGUCAAAAUGAAACAGGUAAACGUAAAGCGCUGAAGCUAAACUUCGCCAGCCCGCCGGUGAAGCCAGCGUCCCGCCUCCCGCUCAAUCCAACACCCCCCUCCUUCCAGAACCCCCACAUAGAGCGGCUGAGAACACACAGCAUUGAAUCGUCAGGAAAACUUAAGAUUUCUCCUGAGCAGCACUGCGACUUUACGGCAGAGGAUUUGAGAGACCUUGGGGAGAUCGGCCGAGGGGCGUACGGCUCCGUCAACAAGAUGGUCCACAAACCCACUGGCCAAAUUAUGGCAGUCAAGAGGAUUCGUUCCACCGUGGAUGAAAAGGAGCAAAAGCAGCUGCUGAUGGAUCUCGACGUGGUGAUGAGGAGUAGUGACUGUCCAUACAUUGUUCAAUUCUAUGGGGCUCUCUUCAGAGAGGGGGACUGCUGGAUUUGUAUGGAGCUUAUGUCUACCUCAUUAGACAAAUUUUAUAAAUAUGUAUAUUGUGCAUUUGAUGAUGUCAUUCCAGAGGAAAUAUUAGGCAAAAUAACAUUAGCGACCGUGAAAGCACUGAACCACUUAAAGGAAAACUUGAAAAUAAUUCACAGAGACAUCAAACCUUCCAACAUUCUUAUGGACCGAAAGGGUAACAUCAAGCUGUGUGAUUUCGGGAUCAGCGGCCAGCUCGUGGACUCCAUAGCUAAGACCAGAGAUGCUGGUUGCAGGCCCUACAUGGCACCCGAAAGAAUAGACCCCAGUGCCUCUAGACAAGGUUACGAUGUCCGAUCUGAUGUGUGGAGCUUGGGAAUCACAUUGUAUGAGCUGGCCACUGGAAGGUUUCCAUACCCCAAGUGGAACAGCGUUUUUGAUCAGUUGACGCAAGUGGUGAAAGGAGAACCUCCACAGCUCAGUAAUUCUGAGGAGAGGCAAUUCUCCCCCAAGUUCAUCAAUUUUGUUAACUUAUGCCUUACAAAGGAUGAAUCUAAAAGGCCAAAGUACAGGGAGUUGCUGAAACAUCCGUUCAUUCUCAUGUAUGAAGAGCGUUUUGUGGAUGUCGCCAGUUAUGUCUGCCGCAUCCUGGAUCAGAUCCCCGCCUCUCCCACCUCGCCCAUGUAUGUGGACUGAUGGUGUUGGGGGUGGGAGGGGUAAAUAGAACUCCCCACGAUGCAGCGGGUGGGAAACCUCGAGCUUUGUGAGGUGACGACCGUAAUCUUAGCUCCUGGACUUUUAUAGAAUCUCCGAUUUAGUAACGUUCCAAAGAAGAGAGAAACAUGAGUGGUGCAAUGAGAUAAAUAUUAAGCCAACCCUCCCACCACACUUCACCAAGUCACUCAUUGUUCACACAAUCAAAAACAAAAAUGAAUCUACCAAAUAAAAAGACAGAGCAAUGGUGCUCAUGACUAAAAAUAGCCACUUACUGAAUUGUGUGUUGUGGACUGUACGUAUGCAUUUGUGUGUUCACCUCUGAGGAAAUGUACAGAUGUAAUCAGUUUGACCUACUCUGUAAACACACACACCAAUCUUGGGGUUUGUCUCCACGGUAACUAAAUAAGUAUGCAAAAUGCGCUUGUCGGGGUAAAUAAUUAUGGAUUUGGUUGUGUGGCUUUGUCCUUUUUUCUCUGUCUCUCUCUUCAAUGUGGAGUCCGUGAAUGUCUGUCUUAACACACAAUUAGGACAAUAGUCAAUGCUCACGCUCAAGGUCACCCCAGUUUACACCUCGCCUGUAAUGUCAUUGCAUUCAAGUCACUGAGAUAAGCAUUUUUUUCCAUAGCAUGUUAGUAAAAUAUUUAGGAAAUGUUCUUCUGCCACAGCAUUACCCCCAGUCAUAUUCAAUGUUGUGUUUUUCCAUAGAUUCAGUGUUGUUCAGAAGAGUCAUCAGUCUCGUUGAAGCUUAUUUUUAUAUUGGAACUUGAUUGAAUAACAAUGAUGGUACAUUUACUGUGGUUAAUCAUGCCAUUUAAUUAAAUUAUUUUAAAGGAACUGGAAA